AUGGACACACAAGCAGGAAUAUCUCAGAAGGACAUCUAAUGUUAUCCCCGGAUUGUGACAUAAAAGAUAAUGACAGUAGACAGGAUUCUCCAGGAGCUAACCCCAUUACCCCAAUUAUACAUCCAGCUCUAUCAGCUGAUCCCUCUGAUCCUGGGAAAUGUUCUCCUGAUCACUCUGAUAUUGGUGCAUCUGUUACAGCUCUGACAGUAGAUACAGAGUUUCCAUGUGCUAUAGAUGCCAAAUGUUUUACACAGAACACAAAGCGUAUUAACCCUCAGACAGCUAAGGCAGGUGAGAGGCAAUUUCCGUGUUCUGAGUGUGGGAAAUGUUUUACAUACAAAUCAGCUUUUGUUACACAUCAGAGAUAUCACACAGGUGAUAGGCCAUUUCCGUGUUCUGAGUGUGGAAAAUGUUUUAUACAAAAAUCACGUCUUGUUAUACAUGAGAGAAGUCACACUGGUGAAAAACCAUUUACAUGUUCUGAGUGUGGAAAAUGUUUUAUUCAAAAAUCAACUCUUGUUAUACAUGAGAGAAGUCACACUGGUGAGAAACCAUUUCCAUGUUCUGAGUGUGAGAAAUGUUUUAUAUAUAAGUCACAACUUGUUAGACAUGAGAGAAGUCAUACAGGUGAGAAACCAUUUCCAUGUUCUGAGUGUGGAAAAUGUUUUAUUCAAAGAUCAGCUCUUUUUAUACAUAAGAAAAGUCACACAGGUGAGAAACCAUUUCCAUGUUCUGAGUGUGGGAAAUGUUUUGUACACAAAUCAGUUCUUGUUACACAUCAGAGAAGUCACACAGGUGAGAAACCAUUUCCAUGUUCUGAGUGUGGGAAAUGUUUUGUACAGAAAUCAGUUCUUGUUGCACAUCAGAGAAGUCACACAGGUGAGAAACCAUUUCCAUGUUCUGAGUGUGGGAAAUGUUUUGUACACAAAUCAGUUCUUGUUACACAUCAGAGAAGUCACACAGGUGAGAAACCAUUUCCAUGUUUUGAGUGUGGGAAAUGUUUUGUACAGAAAUCAGUUCUUGUUGCACAUCAGAGAAGUCACACAGGUGAGAAACCAUUUCCAUAUUCUGAGUGUGGGAAAUGUUUUGCACAGAAAUCACAUCUCGUUAGACAUGAGAGAAGUCACACAUGUUCUGAGUGUUAGAAGUAAAUCAGCUGUUUCACACAAUAGACAUCACACAGGUGAGGAACCUUUUUAAUCUAAUCACCAUUGCCAUGCAGUGUUCCUCAAGGUCCUGUCCUAUCUCCUAUGCUUCUUGCAAUAUACAUGCUGCUACUGAGUGAAACAAUCAGACGUCAUGCCCUGGUCUACUACUGCUGUCCUGAUGACCUCUUUUUUGCUCUGUGUACUCGGAACCCAAUACCAAUCCUAAGCGGCUGUCUAGCUGAGCUCCAGGUGUGGGUGAUACCAGUUGGCUGUGACCCAGUUGUGGUGAAACAUGUCCUUAUGAUAGCGUCUCACCUACAAAAGGCAGGGCUACAGCGUUACCAACCAACAUGGGGGAAGCUUCUGUCUGACCUCUCAUUACACAACGUAUCCUGAUCCCGGCUCUAUGUGACCUCUCACAUCUAUCCUUGUGUCACAUUACAUCUUAUACCUGUAGUUUUAUGUUUCUGUUGUUUCCCUGUUAUCUGUUCGGUAAGAUCACCUGCUCUCAUUGUGUGUGUGGGGGGGGGGGGGGGGGUCACUUUCUAGCAUGAGUGGUAGUUUCUGGAAUUGGAUCGCCCAGAGGAGUGUGGGAGUACCAUCCUGGAGGUGAUGAAGGGGUAAGUGCCUAUUACCUAAUGAUGGGGAUACGGUCUGGCUGUCACGUUCCUGGUACACACCUCCGCUCUGCCUAAUAAUGAUUGCCACUUUACAUAUGUGCAGCUGUACCAGUGUCACCCCACAUCUGUAUCUCACAGGCUGUCACAUAAGCUCCUGUAUCUGUUGUAGAUGCAGUAAUCAGCCUUUGGGCACAAUUUUAUAUAUAUAUAUAUAAAUAUAUAUAUACAUACAUACAUACACACACACACACACACACACACACACACACACACACACACAUUCAUGGGUUCAGCACUCCCAAAGCCUGGUAGACGGCUGCGUUGACUCUGGACUUAAUAAAGCACAGUGGACCAACACCAGCAGAUGACAUGGUUCCCUAAAUCAACACAGACUGCGGAAACUUCACACUGGACUUCAAGCAUCUUGGAUUUUGUGCCUCUCCUUUCUUCCUCCUCCAUACUAUGGGACCUUGGUUUUCAAAUGAGAUGCAAAAUGUGUUCAAAUCAGAAAAGUGGACUUUGGACCACUGAGCAACAGACCUGUUCUUUUUUUACUUUAGCCCAGGUAAGACGCUUCCUACUAGGCCAUUUUAGAGCACUUCAUACAUCCUUCAGCAGACAAGCUUUAUGGAGAUGCGGACUUAAUUUUCCAGCAGGACUUGGCACCUGCCCACACUGCCAAAAGUACCAAAACCUGGUUCAAUGACUUUGUUUUCUGUGUUGGAUUGGCCAGCAAACUCACAUGACCUGAACCCCAUAGAGAAUCUAUGGGGCAUUGCCAAGAGAAAGAUGAGACAUGAGAUUGAACAAUGCAGAUGAGCUGAAGGCCGCUAUUGAAGCAUCCUGGUCUUCCAUAACACCUCAGCAGUGCCACCGGCUGAUAGAAUCCAUGCCACGCCGCAUUGAGGCAGUAAUUCAUGCAAAAGGGCCCAAACCAAGUACUGAGUACAUAUGUAGGAUUAUACUUUUCAGAGGGCCAAAAUUUCUGUAUUUAAAAUCCUUUUUUUAUUGAUUUUAUGUGAUCUAAUUUUCUGAGAUUUGGGAUCUGGGGUUUUCUUAAGCUGUAAACCACAAUCAUCAAAAUUAUAACUAAUAAAUGCUUGAAAUAUCUCACUUUGCAUGUAAUGAGUCUAUAUAAUAUAGUAGUUUCACCUUUUAAGUUGAAUUACUGAAAUAAAUGAACUUUUGCACGAUA